AUGGCGAUGAAAUUUCUUUCGUUCAUCUCUCUCUCUCUCUCCCGCGAACUCUCUCUCUCGUCACUGUUCACCCGAACAGAAUUCUCCACACCGCCACCACUUCCGGCCACCGCAGCUCUCGAGACUGGUCCCAAAAGCUUCGUCUCGACGUCCUGGUCAAGACCCAAUACCUUUCAUCGUCGGAAAAUUCGAAAACAGCCGGUAGUUUCGACUGGUUCGAGCCGGACUUUUCCGGUCGUUGCGCCGCCGCCUCCGCCGUCCAUUUCAGGACCUGUAGCCGGGAGGGUGACUUGUGAUUUGGAGAUUUUCCGUCGCCGGAAUUUCUCUGCACACCCGCUUGCUGCCGGCGCGUGUGGCGGCGCGUGGGCAGGUGUGGUGGAGCUCAAAUUGUUCCAAUGUGAUCCUUACGUUGUCACGAGAGCAUAG